UGGUAAAUUACAUUGUAAAAUCGAUAAAGUAGCUGGAACAAUCGUUACCAUCAGUGCUGCUGGUUGCAUUAGAGGACAAGCUCCUGACGCUUCAUGCGAUCGAGGAUUAAUUUAUCAAAAUACAAUAAAAAAAGGUACAAUUUCGAAAGCUAUACAAUACAUAUUCUGGAACAUAUUUCUUCAUUUCAUUAAUUAUUAACAAUCUGAUAAGAUUAUGGCCCACAGAGUUUUGAUGAGAUACCCUUUAUCUAUCUACAAGGAAACCAAAAAGGUUAUACAACAUUUCAGUCAUCUACUUGUAUUGGAUUUUGAAUGCACUUGUAUAAAAGAUAAUCAAAUUGAACCUCAAGAAAUUAUUGAAUUACCUUGUGCUGUAGUGUGUACAAAGAAUUGGGAAAUAGUAAACACUUUUCAUAAGUAUAUUAAGCCGAGAUUCCAUCCUCAGCUUACACCAUUCUGUAUAGACUUGACUGGAAUCAUGCAAGACAUGGUGGAUAAAGAGCCUUACUUUCCAGAAGUAUUUCAGGAAUUUUGUAAUUGGUUAAAGAAAUACAAUUAUUCAAGUGAAAAUAGUGCAUUUGUUACAUGUGGAAAUUGGGACUUACAAUACAUGUUGCCAUAUCAGUGUCAAUUAGAAAAAAUACAGUUACCAGUACAAUAUAAUAAAUGGAUAAACUUGAAAAACACUUUUUGUGAUGCAACAGAAUAUUAUCCACGAAGUUUAAAAGAUAUGCUUUCUUAUUUAAAACUUCCAAUGUAUGGAAAAUUACAUUCUGGCAUAGACGAUGUUCGGAACAUGGUCCAGAUAAUACAAAGUCUGCAGUCUUUGUACAAUAUAGAGUUUAAGAUAAAUAAUGUAGAUCCUAACAUUUUGAAAAAAUUGACAAAAAUUUAAAAUUUAUUAAAAAUUAAUUUAUUGAUAAUAAAAAUA